AUGAAUACCGAACCAAAAAACUCACGGUGUUGCCGCGGUCUAUCCGAACCAACUCCUACAGCAUUCUUGACCGAGGACCUUAUCGUGGAGAUCAUAUCCUGGCUUAGAGUGAAACCUUUGAUGAAGAUGAAGUGUGUUAGUAAGUCAUUUAACAGUCUUAUCUGUGAUCCUAAAUUCGUGAAAAUGCACCGUAAACGAUCUUCACGAAACACACUCUCCUAUCUAGUUUGUUACAAAGACGAUUUCAAGAAGGUUGAUGAGGAUUCAGUGGUUUGCUCCAUGACUAAUUUACACAACAACCUCCCCGCGGAGGAUGAUUACAGUUUUGUACCCUUCUCGGUUGGUGAUUUAGUUAAAAAUCCUUCGAUGAUUCCCAGUCUCGAUGAUCCUUACUAUUGUUUGAUUGACAAGGACUGUCGUAAAGUUGUUGGUUCUUGCAAUGGAUUGGUUUGCUUGCUCGGUUCAUCUGAGCAUCAAACAUGGUUCCGUUUCUGGAACCCCGCCACUAGGACAAUAUCUAAUAAAUUAGGUUUUCUUCAUAAUGUCAAGUAUCGGUAUAAAUUGACAGAUUGGAGGUUUACUUUUGGUUAUGAUAAUUCAACCGACACUUAUAAGGUUGUGGCAUUACUUCUGGGGAAUCGCCCGUGGAAAACGGUGGUACGAGUUCUUAAUUUUGGGGAUAAUAUUUGGAGAAGUAUUCCAAGUUUUCCUGCUAAGCCUCUUCAGGUAGCAGUAAGUUCACAAAUCAGCAGGGGGUUUGGGUUUAAUGGUGUGCAUUUGAAUGGCACUGUUAAUUGGUUGGCCAUUGGGAGAGGUCGAUCUGAUCUAUUUGUGAUUGUUUCGCUUGAUCUAAGUACAGAGACAUACAAAAUAUUCUGUGUCCCUCGAUUUUCUCUUGAGGAGUUAAAAGUACUUCCUCGCCUUUGUGCCAUGAUGAAUAACCUUUAUUUAUAUCAUGAUGUCAACAAAACCGAUUUUGUUAUAUGGAUUAUGACAAAAUUUGGAGAUGAUAAGUCUUGGACUAGACACCAUCUACUCAGCAGCCAUGACCUUCUUGGGUUGAACAUUAAAUAUGAUCUCUUUUCGUCUUUCAAUAUUUAUCUCAAUCGUGGUAUUAUGCUAUUCUUACAAGACGACAAAGCUAUUCUCGCUCAUUUGGCAACUGGAACACCAUUGAAAUCUAUACUUAACAAAAAAAUAUGUUGGUUAUCUAUGAACAAUUAUGUCGAAAGUUUGGUUUCAACUCGUUGAAAGUAUGCCAGCCGAAUCAACCGUCUAACCAGAAGAAUUCCAUGUUUAGUGCUCAUUUAUGCUGAAUCUCUAUGUUUGAUCUGAUUACACCAAUUCAAGUACACCCUAUGCAUGGAAGUGAAGUGAGAGUUGUUUUAUCUGAUAUAGAGUUGUAAUAUUGCAUUGUGGUAGAAACUAUUUUCUUUAUUUUUAUUUUC